AUGGGUUGCGCCAUCUGCUUGGACGACUUCAGCCAGGCAGACGGCGAAGCCAAGCGGGCGACAGCUCUCACCUGCGGCCACAUCUUCCAUCACGACUGUCUGCAGACGUGGUUCUACGGUGCCACAAAUGCCGACAAGCACCGGCCCUGCCAUCACCAGCGAUGUCCACUUUGCGCAGGGGCAACAGACCCUACGAAGAUGGUCAGACUGUUUCCCUCCGAUGGCGAUGAUCUCGACAAGUACCUCUCCGGCCAACAGCGAUGGGAAUGGGAUAGGCUCCAGGGAGAAGAUGCAAACGAUCACAGAAACCUGAGACAGCUCCUAGCCGAUCUCAUGGACUUCAACACGGCUGUCCAGUCGUACGUCAUGGCUGCCCAUGGAGUCAAAUGCGAGAUCAUGAUCAAGUCCGGCGUCAAGGUCCGCAAGCUUUUUGUCGAUCUCGCCAAGGAUAUGCAGCCAGAUCUCAAGGACGCGCUCAUGAGGUCGAUCGACUCGCUCGAUAACGCAGCUGCUUGCUUCAGCACCAUGUUCAACGACCUCUCUCGCAGGUGUAGGAACAACAGAAAGCUGCAGGCCGAUCUCCUCAAGGAGAAAGAAUCCGUCAGGAAAUUGACGGACGAGGCCAACAUCAUGACCAAUAUCGCUGCGGCCAAGAUGCGGGAGGUCGAGGAAAAAUCCAAGGAGGUGGGCCAGCGCAUGGAUCUCGCCGUAGCUACGGAGCAACGCAUCACGGACAUGUUUAUGCGAACGCAAGCUGCGAAGGACGACCUCAAUGCGAGGGAGCAGAAUCUUUCAAGUCAGCGCCGCAAGAUGGAGCUCGAAACCAAUCUCAAGCUCUCCAAUAUGAAGAACAACAUGGAAACCGCUUUGAUGGACAUGGCGCAAAAGAUGAACCAGGCUCUGAUCAAAAGUGCUGAAGCAGAGAAGGAGAGACAGGCAGCGCACAACAAGAGCUGCCAACUUGCCGAGCAGCUGCAACAGAUGCAGCAACGCUUCAAAGGACGAAAGUUAGGGGCAGGCCCCGCCCCACUCAGUGCAGUCGUCGGUGACGUGGAGGCAAUGCAACGCAGGAUCAAGGCGCUCGAGGCGCGCAACAAGUCGAUGGAAGAACAGCUCAGGAUGGCCAACAUCGCCACGCCGGAACAUCGUCUCGCCCGGCACUCACCCCGUCGCAACGACGCGUCUUCCAUCGACCUUACACGCUCAAGCAGCCCAAUCGGCCACGAUCUCGACUCGUUCCCUGCAACCCCACUGGACGGUGUCGACGCAGCUUCCCAAGCCUCGGCUUCGACCGUGGCGGCAACCGCAGGUUCGUCGCCCUCGGUGCAACGCAAGGGUAACAAAAGGGCUCGUGCCAGCCUCUCUGUGGAGCCCGAGCGACUCGACGACGAGAUGGACGAGGCGCUGUUUCCGAUGCCUGGAUUCGGAGCUUUACAGAUGACCGAUCAGCGCGUCAACAGGCCAGUUCUAGAGCAUCGAUUGGCUCAAGGAUCCGGGCCAGCGAAGGCAGUUGAGCCGGGCCCUUCUUUGUUAUUCCUCAAAGCUGCCGCUGCCGCUCUAGAUGGCGGCGCGUCCACAAUUGACGCCAGCCAAGGAAAGAACAUCGCUCGCAAAAGGGGCGAUCACAAUCAGAACGCCAAGACACGCAAGAGGGUCUCCACCCCAGCAGCCCCCGGUGGCAGCACGAGCGGCGUGAGUGGUACGAGUAACUCUGGAACCUCGAGUAGCCCAAACAACAAUGUCAAUUACGAGUGGCUCAAAAAGCCCAAUGGAAUCGCUUUGGGCCCGAAACGCCGUUCCAAGGCAUCGUAA